GCUUUGGGCCAUUGAGGCCUUUGCCUUGGGGUGCUUUGCUAGAGAUUGUACAUUGUGGUCAACAAGAUAUGUCCUUAUCACGGAUAUUAUACUGAUCCGUCAGGAACAUAUUGGUAAUGCCAUGCUAAAGAUAUUGGUUGAGGCUCAGAAGGAGCGGACAGUUCUCUGCAAGAACAAUACAAGGACGAUGAUUGAAGUACCUGAGCAUGCCUUUUCUCCUCAAGUAAUGUAUUUCUUAAUUGAGCAGAUAUAAAUACGAGUUUUGAAAAGAAUACAAUCUUGAUCCCUCUGAAUAUAAAAUUUGCAAACUACAGCGUCAUUGUUCAGAAAAGGAAAGAAGCAAUUGUAAACUCACCUUCAACACUGCACCGUUUCCAAUGGCAGCAAAACAACCACUGAUAAUAUCUGACAGGAAUCAGAUGAGGAAAUGGUCGAGGAUGAUGAGAUCCCAAGGCAAAACAGUGGGCUUUGUGCCCACCAUGGGCUUCCUUCAUGAAGGCCACCUUUCUCUCGUUAGGGAAGCUCACCGUCACACUGAUGUAGUCGUUGUCUCAAUCUAUGUAAACCCAGGUCAAUUUUCCCCAACUGAAGACCUAUCUGUUUAUCCAUCCGAUUUUGACGGUGAUGUCCGAAAGCUGAUGGCUGUGCCUGGCAGUGUUGAUGUUGUAUUCCACCCCCACAAUCUCUAUGACUAUGAGGGAACUAACAAGAAGAAAUCUACAAGUAUGAUUAAUAAUGUAGUAGUGUUGUCUUGCAUUGAGCAAAAGGGUAUGGGGCAUGAGACUUGGGUCAGAGUUGAGAAUUUGGAAAAGGGUCUUUGUGGAAAGAGCAGGCCUAUUUUCUUCAGAGGAGUUGCUACGGUGGUGACCAAGUUGUUUAAUAUAGUGGACCCUGAUGUUGCUGUGUUUGGAAAAAAAGAUUAUCAGCAGUGGCGAAUAAUUCAGAGAAUGGUUAGGGAUCUUGACUUUCCCAUAGAAGUGGUAGGUUCUGCAAUAAUACGUGACAGUGAUGGCCUGGCAAUGAGUUCUCGCAAUGUGCGUCUUUCACCUAAAGAGAGGGAGCAGGCACUAUCUAUAAACAAAUCAUUGCUGGGAGCUAAAUCUGCAGCAGCAAAUGGCCAAAUAGAUUGUAAUAAGCUGAAAAACUUCGUCAUCCAAGCCAUAACUGAAGCUGGUGGGAGGAUUGACUAUGCCGAGAUUGUAGAUCAAGAGAGUUUAGAGGUUGUGGAAUCCAUUGAGGCUCCUGUUGUCUUUUGUGUUGCUGCAUGGUUUGGGAAAGUCAGGCUUAUAGACAAUACAGAAAUCAACUUGUAAUUUGCUUGUUUAAAUCACAACCUCUUCGUCUUGUAAUCAUUCCUUGGAUUUUUGGGAUUAGGACAUGCAGAUGAACAUUUUUUAAGUAGUCACUAAUAACGUCAUGAACUCAUGUUGAGUUGUAGAAAAGAUUCACAUGACCCCUAGGGAAUUCUUUUUUUAAACCUCAACCACAGGAUGUGCAAGAACUCAUCACAGCUCAACACCUAAGGAAUUCUGCUUAGUCUUUCUUCUAGUUUAUACAGUUCAUGUAGACUGACCUUGAGGAAAGAUGUAAGAAUUUCUUUUCCUCUAGGGAAAAAUAAAGAUUUCAAUUGAGAAAAAUGUUGAGAAUUCUUUA